GCUGCCCGCCGCCCCGCCCCGCCCCGCCCCGCCUCCACCGGUCGCCGCGCUCCGGCGUCGCGGCGGCGAGAUGGCGCUGGAGGCGCGGAGGAUGGAGGGCGACGUGGAGGACGGCGAGCUCUCUGACUCGGAUGCCGAUAUGCCCGGCGUCGGCUCCCCCGGGGACCCGCAGCAGAAAUCCCAUGAUGGCAAUGAUUCAGGCAGACCGUUCCAGAACAGCAUUUCAUCAUGCACACCAAGUGUUCCUUAUCGGACAACCAAAAGCGUGGAUUCAAGUGACGAAAGCUUUUCUGAAUCUGAUGAUGACAGCUGUCUAUGGAAACGAAAACGACAGAAAUGUUUCAACUUUCCUCCUGCUAAAUCUGAGCCUUUUCAGCUUAGCCAAAGCCACCAAAAGCAAACUGCUCUAGGUGGCAAGAAAGUCAACAACAUUUGGGGUGUGGUGCUCCAGGAGCAGAAUCAGGAUGCGGUGGCUACUGAACUUGGGAUUCUAGGCAUGGAUGGUAGUAUUGACAGAAGCAGGCAGUCUGAGACUUACAAUUAUUUACUGGCUAAAAAGCUGAUGAAGGAAGCUCAGCAAAAGGAGGCAGAGACUUUAGAUAAAGAACUGGAUGAAUAUAUGCAUGAUGAUAAGAAACCGUUGCCAGAAGAAGAAGAAAAUGGGCAAGGCUUUCUCAAACGGAAGCGGCCUGUGAAAGAUAGACUGGGUGAAAGACAAGAAAUGAAAUAUAAAGGAAGGUAUGAGAUAACAGAAGAAGAUUCAGAGGAAAAAGUGGCGGGCGAAAUUGCUUAUCGGCUUUGUGAGCCAAAGAAAGAUUUAAUUGCCCGAGUAGUGAAAAUAAUUGGGAAAAGAAAAGCUAUUGAACUGCUUAUGGAAACGGCCGAAGUGGAACAAAAUGGUGGACUGUUCAUAGUGAAUGGCACUAGAAGAAGAACACCAGGGGGCGUUUAUUUAAACCUGCUGAAGAACACUCCUAGCAUCAAAGAACAGCAAAUCAAGGAAAUAUUCUACCUGGAAAACCAAAAGGAGUAUGAAAACAAAAAAGCUGCUAAGAAGAGGAGAAUACAGGUUCUAGGAAAGAAGAUGAAAAAAGCCAUUAAAGGGCUUAACCUGCAAGAAUAUGAUGAUGCAUCUCGUGAGACUUUUGCUAGUGAUACAAAUGAGGCUCUGGCUUCCCUGGAUGAUCUACAGGAGGGGCAUCAUGAAGCAAAGAUGGAACCUGAAGAUAUUACUGAAAUUGAUAAUGCUUACGAUUUGGAGAUCUUCUAGUUACUAAUGUUCUUGAUAACAAGGUCUCUAUAAAACAUAUUAAAUGAGCCUUUCUUAUAAUCCCAUGUCUGCUUGUUUUCAUAAGCUGCAGAAACAUGGGAAAUAAUUGAUGCUGAAGAACAUGACAUAAAUCUUAGCUAAAUUUAACAGCAUGAAAGAUGUUAAUUGUCUUCUUUGUUUGCUGAGUCUUCAAAAACUGUUAAGAUUUUUCUAGGUAACAGCUCUGCAUCACCGUGCUCGUUCCUUAGGAACUUUUUUCAGCCACGUUAGGUUUAGGAAUUAAGGCUAUGUUUUAACCAAAUACAUUAUAUAUAAUUUGCUGAUGCUACCAAAUUCAUCAAGUGAGGAAUGCUCCUCAUUAGUUGAACAGAAAAAACAGUAUAAAGUUAGUCUUAAUGCAAAAGGUCAUGUGUUCUUAAUAUGGCAGUGUGUUGACAAGUAUAGCAGUGUUUAUAGAAUUAUGACCUGUGAAAACAGAUUGGUUUGUGAAAUAAUUUUAAUGGUCAGUGACCUUUGAAUAACAACUUUGUAAAUAACCACUGUUGAUCAAUGUAUGUUUUAAAUUUCUGCAGCAGUUUAAUCCUUCCUACUAUAAUAGUGGCUUGAGCUUCCUACCUGUUCUGUCUAGACUUUUUUCCACUAUUAGACACACAAAACUUACACAGAUCUCUUUGAAAACAAAUGUAACUGAAUGCUUUCUGACUAGCAGGAAUUUACCGUCAGUUCCCCUCAAGGGUCUGUAGACUCUACAUGCAGGUAUAAACCCUUUACCUUGCAGUUGUUCCAUGCUGCUUCUCAUGCGUGUGGUGGGAUAAAGUAGCGUGCGGCUUGCAGAAGUUCUGAAGUUUUUCUAUGCUGACUCCUAAAAAAAAAGUAGUGUGCAAAAAAUAAUUUUUUUACUUGAUGCAGAAGACUGUUGUGUAGUUUGUAAGUUCAAUUGAAGACAACUUUUAUGUUGACUUGUUUUUAAUAUAACUGAAGAACAUUUCUGACACUGAUACACAUGAUGUCUAAAAUACUUUGUCACUAAUAAGUUGUGUUUUCUGUGACUAGACACUAUUUUCCAGUAUAAAAUAUUUCUGAAAUAUUAGCGAAUUCGUUUUCAAACCCAACAACAAAGUUCUGCACAUGAUUUUAGUUCACCUGGAGUCAUUGGAUUUCAGAUACAAAACAUAUCACUAAAACACAUAGUGAAGUUAUAAUAUUGAACAAUUCAGUACUGUCGAGCUGAUAGUUAAAGGACUACAAUAUUUGAAGAAAGAGUUCUUAAACAUAUAACACAUCGCAUUAUAUGCUGUACUAAAUUUGAGUUUUGACAUUUCUGCAUUUUUUAUUCAUGUGCCAGAGCUCCCUAUUGUUAAGAAGUUAGUCAUCCCAUGUGAAGCAUGCCUUCUUUGGUAGUAGUUGCUCUUGCUGAAAUAACAAAAUGUUUUGAUUUGUUCAUUAACUUCCUAACAAACCUGUGAUGGCCAGAGUACUAAGCUUGUAAGUUGUGUAAGGGAAGCAGAAUUUUGUACUGUUUAUUUAGUUUGGGACUAUACCAUUUGAUCCUAGUUUUGGGAACUGCUUGGGAAUGUCUUAACAAUUUUAUGGAUAGAACCAGCAAAUUUUAAUGGUGUUUUAAGUGAUUUUUAAUUGUUACAUAAUUUGCUGCUAAUGAGCGCUAUUGUUUAAAUGUUAAUUUUUUAAUGUUGUUUUCCCAGGUAAGGGGUACUGAAAAAAUGUAUAAAGUCUUCUCCUUAACAAAGGAAGAUGAUACAGUGUCCAUUCCUUCCUUCCAGAGUCUGACUAACAGACCUCUGCUUAUCUUCUGAUUUUUCUCUUUUCUAGUUUCUUUGGCUUUUAACAGAGUCCUUUCAAAAGGAAGCCUGUUAAAAACAAUGAGCAACUAGUCUUUGUUCCUACUACACCAGCAGUUUAUUUUUUUUUACCUUUGGUAUCAAAAAGAUUGCAUUAAGCAGCAUCAAUUUUUUUGUAGCACCAUAGUGGCUGCAGCUGAGCAGUGGUUGUUUAGUGGAGUCUUGGGUCUGAUCUUCCCCUCUCUGCAGCCUGGCACAGGCCCUUGCCCUCUUAGGUGGGAUGCAUCUGCUUGUGCUGGUGAGUGGUGGUGGUGACCCAGCAGUGGACCAGACAGAAUUUGGGGCUUGUGUCAGCAAGCCUUGGGUUGAACAUGGGCAGUGUUGGAGCUGAGGAGCGCAGGGCUUUGGAGUCUGGUGCUGCAGCCACCGCAGUUUUAAGGGCACACAUGCAGAUCCGCAAGGGUGAGAAAAUGGGCUGUGAUGUCCCUGCACAUUGCUAUCAAUCUGCCUCUUUCCUCUAUGGCCUGAGGCUGCUGGAAGUUGUUGAGAGCGGUACAGUGGUGGUUGUUUUCAUCUUCCUCAUGAAGCAGCUUUUUCAUUCCUCCUUUAUUUUCUUCCCCCAAAACUGCUGCAAGAGUAGGAAGCAUGGGUAAGGACAGAGUUUUUCUCUCUCAGCACCUACAUAUUCAACUUCAAUCUGCCCUGAGCUGGCAAUUGCAGAGGUAGCAGCUCCAUGGUGAUUGUUAAUCAACUAUGGCUUGCUACCAAACUGGAUUUUGUGGGCUGUGUUUUGUCUGGUAACAGAUAUGCCUGGCUGUUUAGAUUUUAGAAGCUGAUGUUUUACAGACAAAAACGCAAAUACAAAGAUUGAGGUUUCUGUUCUUAAGUUUCUCUGAUGGGCAGAUGGGAUUGUGGCAUCAUCUUUACUGCAAAAGUAGACUCCAUACUGCCAGGACAAAUGUCAUCCUCUGUCCCUUAAACUGCAGCUGUGUCAUAAGCCAUCUUUGUCAUGCCUGAAGCAGACAGUGAAAAUGAGAGAAGUAUUCUCUGGUUUGAAAACACAAAGCUUGUUUGUAACCAAAGGUUUUUUUCUUCAUUCUCUCCCAAAUUCAAAUAAAAAAAACCAAUACUU